AUGGCUGGUUUCUUGUCAACCGUCACACCUGGUUAUUAUGGGCCACAUGAAAAAACGGUGCAGCGUGCUUUGAAACGUAUGUACACCAAGAGCGUAUUGGAAUUGCAAAAACAACUGAAAAAUAUUCAAUGGGUAUCGAUAACUACGGAUCUGUGGCGGAGGCCGAAGAAAAACCACUACCUAUGUGUCACAAUUCAUUUUGUCGAUCAAAACCACAAUUUUACUUCAAAAGUUCUGAGCUUUCAGAGAUUCCACGGCAGGCAUUUUGCUACACGUGUUCGUGUUCAUUUGUCAAGAGUAAUAAAAAGAUUUGGUUUACAGUCAAAAAUCGUUGCUACAGUUACUGAUAACGGCAGCGACAUUCGCUCAGCUACUCAACUACGAAAAGUUUUUGGUGUUAGAUUGUAUUGCGUCGCUCACGCUUUGAAUUUAGUAGUUAAAAAAGGUCUUGGCUUAUGGACGACCACUAACAAAACACGACAAACAACUUCAGAUUCGAAUAAAUCAUCAAAAAAAUCCGCAAAUGAUAGCGAUGAUGUUGCAAUAGCACAAGAGGAAGAAGAAGAAGAAGAAGAUGACGACGAAAAAAUGGAUGUUACUGAUGAUGAUGAUGAUUAUGAAGAAAAUGUAGAAGAACAAAUGGAAAGUCAAAGAAUCGUAAGAAACUCAGAUGUCAAUAACUCCGCAAGUUCGAAUACUCAUCAACAAGCAAUUGAAUCAGAUGAUGAAGAUACUGUUGAAUCACCAAGAGAUGAAACAGAUAUUAUAUCAUCAGAAGAUGAAACGGACGAAGAAACUGAAGAUUUAUUAAAUCCAAACUUCGACAUUGAAAUUAUUGGCCGCAUUUUAUCAAAAUGCAGGAAGUUUGUUAAUGUUGUUAAUAAGUCCAGUAUUUUAUAUGAAAUGCUUCAAGCUAUGGCUCGUCCAAAUAUCAGAGUUGAUUUGGUAGUUGACAUGGAAAUAAGAUGGAGUAGUACUUAUAAAAUGAUAUCUCAUUUACUUGCAUAUCAACCAAUCUUACCCAAUUUUUACAGAAAUCUUUCAAAGACCAAUGGAGUUUCAGCCAAGAAACAAACACAAUUAAUUAAUUUACAAAUGUCAAAUGAAGAAUGGACAAUGCUAUCCACACUUUCUGAAUGUUUAUCGUACUUUGCCGAAGCGACUGAAAUGUUAUCCGCCAGCAAAUAUCCAUCAUUUGGUUUUACAUAUGUAGUGCUCGAUUCACUCCAACAUUAUUUAAACAAAAAUAGUUCAUCUGAUAUGGAGCUGGUUAUGAAAAAUGCAAUCAAAGAAAAGUUCGAUCAUUAUAUGAAUUACAAAGCUAACUCAGAAGAACAUAAAAUGCUUUUGAUAUGUGCUUACUUGGAUCCAACUGCUCAUCAACUGAUGACUGAUGAAGACAAACGGGCAGCAAAACAGUUCCUCCAUGUCGAGUUGAAAAAAAUGGGCAAUACUGAUGUCAAUUCAAAUGUAGAUAUAUCAUCUUCGUUUACUUCUGAUUCAAGUAUGCAAGUAGUUCCUUUGCCAACAACAACCACAGCAAGUGCUUUCGACCGUUUGAAACAAUUUCGUCGAAAAUGUGGCAUUAUUGAUGAUCCAAGUGAUAUUGUGGGACAUAAAGAUUUAUCAUUCAGACAAGAAUUUGCUAACUUUGAGGCGUAUAAGAAAGAUGACUUUUCUUUUUCAACCUUUUGGCGAAAAUAUGGAAGUUCAUUACCGAAACUAAAUACAAUGGCGUGUCGAUAUGGUACUAUUCCUGGCACUUCGGUGNCCGCUCGCCACCAGUAA